AUGAUAACUUGGCCGUAUCCUCUGGUUUUCGCCGCGCUCUUCUGUUGUGUGCAGGUGAUUUUAGCUCAGAUUAAAUAUUCGACUCCAGAGGAUGUUAAAGUGGGAGCUAUUAUUGGAAAUGUUGCGAAGGAUCUGGGGCUCGAUGUCGGUACAUUGAUAAGCAGGCGUUUUCGUAUUGUGUCUGGAGCCCAGGGUACGCUGUUUGAGGUAAACCCGAACAAUGGGGCGUUGUAUGUUCACGAAAAUGUGGACAGGGAACAGCUGUGCGAUAGAAAUGUUGCCUGUUUAUUAGAUCUAAAAAUUGUUGUUGAAAACCCCCUUGAAGUCCACUAUGUUACUGUUGAAAUAAUAGAUACUAACGACAAUAGACCCAGUUUUGCUGAGAAAGAAAAGGUAAUAGAAAUAGCAGAGACCACACUGCCAGGAGCACGAUUUCAGUUACCAGGCGCUCGUGACCGAGAUGUUGGAGUAAAUGCGGUGCAGAUUUAUAAACUCAGUCAAAACGAUCAUUUUCAUCUUGAAAUUCGAGACAGAGGAGAAGAUAAAAUCCCUUUCCUCGUACUGCAGAGAAACUUGGACAGAGAGCGGAAAACAAACCAUAGCCUGAUUUUAACCGCUAUGGAUGGGGGGACGCCGCCAAAAUCCGCAAAUCUGAGCCUUAAUAUAAAGGUUCUUGAUAACAACGAUAACAGACCAGUAUUUUCUCAAGAGGUUUAUUCCGUUACAUUGCAAGAAAAUGCCCCAUUAGACAAGACUAUAAUCAAAGUCCAAGCAACAGAUCUAGACGAGGGUAUUAACGGGGACGUCGAGUAUACUUUUGGGGGUGAUAUUACUUCCAGUGUGUUGCGACUAUUUACUUUAGACAGACUCACGGGAGAAAUUCGAGUUAUCGGAGAAAUUGAUUAUGAGACAGCCAAUGUUUACAAUUUAGAUGUCCAAGCCUCAGACAAAGGUCAGCCGCCGAUGACGACUGACUGUAGAAUUAUAAUAAAGAUUCAAGAUGUCAAUGACAAUAAACCAGAAAUAGAAGUGACUUCAAUAUCCAGCAUAGUCCCCGAGGACUCAAAACAGGGUACCGUGGUCGCUCUCAUUACUGUUACAGAUGCUGAUUCUGGUUUAAAUAGCAAAGUCAUAUGUCAUCUAACAGAAAAUGUACCAUUUGAAUUAAAACCAUCAUUUAAAGAAAACAUGUACUCGUUAGUAACAAAAGAAUCACUAGAUAGGGAAACUGUGUCACAUUAUGACAUUUCAAUAACAGCUACAGACUGUGGUGAGCCACCUCUUUCCACCUUUAAAAAGUUGAACAUUCAGGUGUCAGAUGUGAACGAUAAUUUUCCGGAGUUCUCACAUAAUCCACUAGAAUUAUACUUGACGGAAAAUAACGCGGCUGGCGCGUCAAUAUUCUCUGUCAGUGCAUUUGAUAAAGACUGCAAUGAAAAUGCAGCAGUAUCCUAUCAAAUACUCAGGGGGGGAGCUGGCCGCAAUGUUAUAGCAUCCUUUGUGAAUAUACAUCCCGAAAGCGGACAAAUUACUGCGCUGAAAAGUUUUGAUUUUGAA